AUGGAACGAUUAAAACGACAACGAAAAAUUAGUAUCAAAGAGUCUGAUGAUAUGAAAAGAAAACAAUUUCAUAGUGAAAGUCAAUCUGAUGUUAAUUUAUCUACAAAACCUCUCAGGUAUUUCGAAGAUUUAUCUAAUGAAAUUAUUUAUGAAAUAUUUGAAUAUUUUGAUAUUUAUUAUAUCUAUGAAACUUUUUCAAAUCUUAAUCAGCGAUUUGCAAAUCUUAUUAUCAAUUCAAAUCUUCCGAUUAAAAUCAAUAUUUCAUCUAUAUCAAAACCAAAUUUUGAACGUUAUUAUAAAGAUAUAUUUAAACCCUAUCGGCAACGAAUAAAAUCACUUCGUAUAACAAAUAUAUUUGCUGUUAAUAUUAUUUUAUCAUCACAAGAUAAUAUUUCAAAAUUAACUCGACUUGAAACACUUAUUUUAACUAAUGUUUCAUCAUCAUAUCUUCGUAAUCUUCAAUAUUUGAUUAAUCUACCAAAAUUAUCUUCAUUAACCAUCAUUAGUGAUGCUUAUUCUAAUACUGAUCAAGCUGAAGUUUAUCAGCAAAUAUUUCAAUUACCAUUUUUAAAAUAUUUUAAUGUAUUAUUUGGAAGAUUUAGUACGGUUAUAGUAUCAUCACUGCCAGUUGCUACUAAUAGAUAUAGUUUAAUUGAACAUCUCGUUAUUAAAAAUUAUAUUGAACUUGAUACACUUUACGUUAUAUUAUCACAUGUUCCACAAAUUCGUCAUUUAUCGAUUCCUUUUUUACUUAGUUCUGUAAAAAGACAAAAUAUAACGUUUUCGAUUACCUUGAAUAAUUUAUCAUAUAUAUGUCUUAAAUUAGACCAAUUAGAUUUCCAUGACUUUGAACUAUUAGCCAAAGAUCUCUUCCAUAAUCUUCAAGUAUUACGCCUCUAUGUCAGUGCUGGAAUAACAUAUUUAGACGCAUAUCGAUGGCAAAAUUUAAUAUUGUCUCAUAUACCAAAUUUAGCAAUAUUCGAUUUUCAAUGUAUUUGA